AUGAGUCGCCAGAUAAGCUACAGCCAGCAGCCCUGCAGGUCUUCUGGUGGGUCCUACUGCCAGGCCUUCAGCAGCCACUCAGCAGUGGUGUCAGGCCACAGCUGGAUCAGCUCCAUCAUGUCCUCCUUUUCCUCCAGCUCAGGAAGGGCUGGUGGUGGUGGGUCUGCUGCCUGUGCCAUGAUGGGGGGAGGUUUCUGCAGCCAGAGUCUCCAUGGCCUUGGGGGGAAGAAGACGAUCCCUAUCAGUGUGGCUGGAGGUGGCACCUGGGCUGGUGGGUUCAGGGGGGCUGGUGGGUUCAGUGGGGCUUGUGGGUUCUGGGGGCCUGGUGGGGGAUGUUUUGGAGGCAGCGGUUUUGGAGGUGGUGGAAGAGGGAUGGGUGGAAGCUUUGGUGGAAGAGCUGGGGGCUUUGGUGGAGGAAUUGGAGGCUUCAGAGGAGGAGCCAGGGGUUUCUGCAGAGGAGCUGGUGGCUUUGGUGGCCCUAGUGGCUUUGGUGGCUCUGGAAGCUUUGGUGGUCCUGGUGGCUUUGGUGGUCUCAGUGACCUCAGUGAUCUAGGUGGCUUCCUGGGUGGAAUCCAGGAAGUGACUGUCAACCAGAGCCUUCUGCAGCCCCUCCAGGUGGAGACUGACCUUAAGUUUGGGCAGGUAAAGGCCCAGAAGCGGGAGCAGAUCAAGACCCUCAACAACGUUUGCCUCCUUCAUCAACAGUCUGAGGAAGGAGUUGUGGGUUCACCCAAUAUGUCAAGCUAUCUGUGGCAUCUCAGCAGUAGUGGGCCUGCUUACAGCAGCAACAGGUAUGAAGAUGAGGUCAACAAGUGCACAGCUGCAGAGAAUGACUUUGUGGUCCUGAAGAAGGAUGUCGAUGCUGCCCACAUGACCAAAGUGGAGCUGGAGGCCAAGGCGGAGAGGAUGACAGGCGAGAUGAACUUCCUGAAAGCCCUCUAUGAUGCCGGAAACACCAGCGACACGUCUGUGGUUCUUUCCACGGACAACAACUGCUGCCUGGACCUGGACAGCAUCAUUGCCAAGGUCUGCGCCCAGUACGAGGAGAUUGCCCAGAGGAACAAGGCCGAGGCUGAGGCCCUGUACCAGACCAAGCUGGGGGAGCAGCAGACCACGGCCAGCAGGCACGGGGAUGACCUGAGGAACACCAAGAGUGAGAUCAUGGAGCUCAACAGGAUGAUCCAGAGGCUGUGGGUGGAGAUCGAGAGCAUCAAGAAGCAGAACGCCAAGCUGCAGACGACCAUCGCUGAUGCAGAGCAGCGCUGGGAGGUGGCCCUCAAGGACACCAAUGCCAAGCUUCAGGACAAGAAGUCUGGACUGCAGCAGGCCAAAGAGGACCUGGCCCUGCUGCUUUGUGUGUACCAGGCGCUGAUGAAUGUCAAGCUGGCCCUGGACGUGGAGAUCGCCACCUACUGGACCCUCCCGGAGGGCGAGGAGUGCAGGGUGUCUGGGAGGUGCCAGAGUUCCCUGAGCCUCGCCUGUCCUCCCCAUCCCUUGCCGGAUCUUGGCGGGGCGUCGCCCCGGGGAAGAUCUGCGGCUCGGGACUGUGGGAGGGGCUGGCGUGCGGGGCGGACACUGCCAGGCUCCCUGAACCCGACCCUCUUUGCAGAGAUGGUCCACAGCAUCACUGACGGCGGCUGCAGCCUGGGUGGAGCAGCAGGAGCCGGGGCCCGCGGAGGUAGCGGGGGCCGCAGCGGCUGGGGCUUGGGCGGGAGCUCCGCGGUGCUCGGGGGCUUUUGUGGCUCCGGGACUCCUGCGCGGUCAGCCGGGGUGGCGGCGGCGGCAGCCGCAGUGACGCCAGAGUCUCACAAAGCUCCUCCCAGAGCCGGCGGUCCCGCCCCAAAUUCUGAACCCAGCGCCAGGGGCGUCCUCGGACCCCAGGCCCCUUCGCUCUCCGGGACGCCCCGCUCUGAGCUCCCGCGCACCCCCGCGGGGCCCCUUUCCUCCGCUGCUUCUGACCUGUGCGCCGGAGCCCCACCUUCCCAGACGGCUGGCAUCGCAGCACCCCGAAAGUUGCCGGGAAGGAUGAGUGGGCAGUAA